GAAGCUCUUUCCUUGCAGGAGGCUGCAUGGCAAGUUGCCUUCAAGGGGCGCAUGUUUGCCGAAAAAAGGACCAGUGGCACAGCACUCCUGGGGACCUGGGACAGCGUGGGAGGUGGACCCAGGGGGCCAUGGGGUCACUGUGGAGGGGCUGCGUACUGUGGAAGCUGGGGCUAAGGACCUGCAAGUGGAGAAUUCUGCUGCUGGUCCUUUUCUGGUUUGGAAUGUGGAUGUUCUUCAGUGGUGUGGUCUUUGUGCACAGGACAAUGUUCUCUGACCACUGCACGGAUAAAAAGAGCAAGCAAAUCCUGGAGGGAGUGUGUGAGGCAUACGGGCGUGGCGUCCUGGCUGGGGACCUGUGUGAGGAGCUGUGUGUGAGCCGCAGGGUGCAGUACAGACGCUGCCUGUACUACGAGAACGGCAAGAAGGUGAUGGAGGCCGACUGGAGGGGGGUGCCCAUCGUGCUGAAGUCCAAGCUGGAGAACUUCUCCUCCUACGAGGCCUUGGGUCUGCUGGACUACCAGGAGGGAGGCAGCCAGUCGCCCUGGGACGCGGUCCUAUACGCCACGCUGGAGAUCAGGAGCUCUCUGGGGCUGGAGCCGCGUGGGGGGGAGGCCUGGCCGUGGGGCCGGCUCUCGGGGCCCUUCCCCCGGGCCUCCUCCCGGGCCGAGCUGGCCUCCCUCUGGUCCCUGCUCCAGCAGGAAGAGUACACCUUCUUCCGGGUGCUGCAGGACCUCAGCCGGCACGUGGUGAAGGUGCUGGGCUCCUGCGGGCACUUCUACGCAGUGGAGUACCUCGUCGCCGGCUGCGCCUGGAGCCAGAACCUCUUCCCACAGGAGGCGCUGCUGGGCCUGCCUGCAGGGGCCAGGGGCCCCUCGCCGCCUCCCGACGGCAGGGCGGGGAGGGACACCGUGCUCCGGAUCGCCCUCAGCUUCCUGGACAUGGUCCGCCACUUUGAGAGCGACUUCCCCCACCGCCUGCACCUCUGCGAUAUCAAGCCCGAGAAUUUUGGGGUCCGGGGAGACCUCACAGUUGUGGCCAUCGAUGUUGACAUGGCUUUCUUUGAGCCCAAAAUGCGGAACAUUCUAGAGCAGGCCUGCACCAGUGAUGAAGACUGCAACUUCUUUGACUGCAUUUCCAAAUGCGACAUGAAGGAAAGCAAGUGCAGCUCUAAACGAGUGAACAGUAACUUGCAGGUGAUCUGUGACAAAAUCUUCAGACACUGGUUUGCUCCUUUGCUGCCAGUUUCCAGGGUAGAGCUUCCCCUAGAGGCGGAAUUGCAGCAUGCCGUGCAGGUGUGCGCAGACACGGAUGGCAGCGAUGGCGUCCAUGGUCAAACUAUCCACCUCCGCCUCCGAAGCCUUCUCUCCCAGAUCCUGCAGGACGACUCAGGACAGAUGACAGGACACUCCCGCUGAGCUAUAAAACCCUCAAACCAGACAUCCAGUGCAUUCUGCUGAGUAUAAACAGAUUGUGUUGGAAGUCAAGCCUGCAGUGCCAGUUGAAUUGUGGUUGGUGCUUGGCAAGGUCCUUUGGCAAGGUAAAUAAACACAUGCAGUAAUGUUCAGGAAUUUGCUCCGAUCAAUUUAUCUCUGUUGUUUGGACUGAUCUAAAGUGGAAGGAAUUUUGCAGGCCAUAACUUUCACUCAGGAAACUUUCAAGUGUAACUUAAUUUGCACAUAAUUGGCUCAUUUUGUAGUGUGUUUUCCAGUUUAUCUUGCUGUUGUCUUUGUGUACAGGUGUGACCUCUCUCCCACACUGAAGGGGCAUUUCUGCAUGAAUGCCUCCACAUUGAUUCUCUACAUGCGCACCCUGGUGUAAAAUCCAGCUAUGUCCAGCUUGAAAUACCAGCUACCAGCUGUUUCAAAACAUAGCUUGAGCUGGUCAAACCAUGUUGAGUAUAGAGCUGGAUUAACUGGUCA